AACGCAGUGUGUUCUCCCCUCCCCCGCAUUAAGUAAUUUAACUAAAAACUCCCGUAUUUUGUAAAUAGAACAAAGGUUAAACACAAACAGUAUAAAACUCGUGGACCUGGAUUUAGAUCGGGCUUUGAGGAGUCUCGAGGGAGACCAAGGGAUUUAAGGACCUUUCCGAUCGCGGCUCUUUCUUCCGCCGAGGCCGGAGCUACCCCGGGAGAGUCGCAGCCGCAGUCAUGUCGGCUGCCAUCGCCGCCCUGGCAGCGUCCUACGGGUCGGGCUCGGGAUCCGAGUCCGACUCCGACAACGAGAGUGGCCGCUGUUCCCUGCCAGCAGCCGACUCCCUUAUCCAUCUGACGAAGGCGCCCUCGGCCAAGCUCUCUCUAGUGGGGACUGUGGACGCGGCGCCGGAGGUGGCGGUUAAGGAAGAUGUGGAGACUGGAGUACACCUUGACCCUGCCAUUAAGGAAGUCCAAUACAAUCCUUCCUAUGAGACCAUGUUUGCUCCUGAGUUUGGACCAGAAAAUCCCUUUAGGACUCAACAGAUGGCUGCCCCUAGGAAUAUGCUUUCUGGAUAUGCAGAACCAACUCAUAUCAAUGACUUCAUGUUUGAACAGCAGAGGCGCACUUUUGCAACCUAUGGCUAUGCAUUGGAUCCUUCAUUAGAUAAUCAUCAAGUUUCUACUAAAUAUAUUGGCUCUGUAGAAGAAGCUGAAAAAAAUCAAGGUUUAACGGUAUUUGAAACUGGACAGAAAAAAACAGAAAAGAGAAAAAAGUUCAAAGAAAAUGAUGCAUCAAAUAUUGAUGGUUUCUUAGGACCUUGGGCAAAAUACGUAGAUGAAAAAGAAGUGGCUAAACCUUCCGAAGAAGAACAGAAAGAGUUAGAUGAAAUCACAGCAAAGAGGCAAAAGAAAGGCAAACAUGAAGACGACAAACCUGGGGAAGAAAAGACCAUUUUACAUGUCAAAGAAAUGUAUGACUAUCAAGGCAGGUCUUAUCUUCAUGUUCCUCAAGAUGUUGGUGUUAAUCUCCGUUCGACAGUACCACCUGAGAAAUGUUAUCUUCCUAAAAAACAAAUUCAUGUUUGGUCUGGACACACAAAGGGUGUCAGUGCCGUCAGGCUAUUUCCUCUUUCUGGCCAUUUGUUACUGUCUUGUUCCAUGGACUGCAAAAUUAAGCUUUGGGAAGUUUAUGGAGAUCGGCGCUGUUUAAGAACAUUUGUUGGUCACAGUAAAGCUGUUAGAGAUAUCUGUUUUAAUGGUGUAGGAACUCAGUUCCUCAGUGCAGCAUAUGACAGGUAUCUCAAGCUAUGGGACACUGAGACAGGUCAGUGUAUAUCAAGAUUUACAAACCGGAAAGUUCCUUAUUGUGUCAAGUUCAAUCCUGAUGAAGAUAAACAAAAUCUUUUUGUGGCUGGCAUGUCAGAUAAGAAGAUUGUACAAUGGGACAUCAGAAGUGGGGAGAUUGUACAAGAAUAUGAUAGGCAUUUGGGAGCUGUCAAUACCAUUGUGUUUGUGGAUGAGAAUAGGCGGUUUGUGAGCACUUCUGACGACAAGAGCUUACGCGUUUGGGAAUGGGACAUUCCUGUAGAUUUUAAAUAUAUAGCAGAACCCAGUAUGCAUUCAAUGCCUGCAGUGACUUUAUCUCCAAAUGGGAAGUGGCUAGCAUGUCAAUCCAUGGACAAUCAGAUUUUAAUUUUUGGAGCACAGAACCGAUUUAGAUUGAAUAAGAAAAAAAUAUUUAAAGGGCACAUGGUGGCAGGAUAUGCUUGUCAGGUGGACUUUUCCCCAGAUAUGAGCUACGUGAUAUCAGGAGAUGGAAAUGGAAAAUUAAAUAUUUGGGACUGGAAGACUACAAAACUCUACAGUCGAUUUAAAGCUCAUGAUAAAGUAUGCAUAGGUGCUGUGUGGCACCCACAUGAAACAUCUAAAGUUAUCACUUGUGGCUGGGAUGGUCUUAUUAAAUUAUGGGAUUAAUCCUCAAACUUUCAUUAGGGUCUUUUUGAUUUGAUGACAUAUUUAACUAUUUGAUUAUUAAAUGUGUUGGGUGACAAUUUCUGUUUGACAGAUAUGUGCUCUUUACACAGACUUCUGACUCAAUACAAAUAUACAAUUCAUUUUGUAAUUUUGAUUUAUGUUCUUUCUAGAUGUCAUUCUGGUCUUUAUAGAUGUGACCAAAAUAAGCAAUGCCUAUUGACAUCCCUUUCUUUCCAAUUACUAAGGGUUACUAUCAUUUAUAAAUUGUGAGAACUUUUUGAUCCUUAUGUUUUUUUGCUAUCUCCUUACUGUUCAUGGAAUCCACCGAUCUUCCCCAUUGGAUUUUGUGAUUCCUAACAGUUGAAGUAGUAAAUGAACAUUUAAUUCUAAGGGAACAAAUACAUAGGUUUUCAACAAAGCAGAAAUAAAGACCUCAGUGAUCGUUUCAUUGUACAUAAAUCUAGAGGAAGAAAAAGCUAUUGGAUAAACAGCUUUUCUUCUCUGAUAUGCUUUUCUACAUACCAAGUUCCAAUAAGUCGCAUCUUGUGAAUUCUGUUGUUUCUCCAUGGCAUCCUCUUUCUUUAUUUAUUUCUUUUGGUUUUUUUUUUUUAAUCUCUUCAGUUGCAAGUCAUCAUUUUCUUUUGGCUACACCUUAAUUAAUAUGGACAGUUAAGAAAUAAAGAAUAGACCAAAGUCCUUCUUCAUCUUCCCGAUGCAGGCAGAUCAAUGCCCUUUAAUCACAAAAUUAGAUUAUUUCUAAAUAGUAACUCAUGUAGAGGGCAAAUUGGGUCUGCAUUAUUGUGUUGGGAAAUACACAAAAUAUGCAAUUAUUUUUUCAGGAACAUAACUCUUGAUCAACACAUAAAUCAUCUGAAAACAUAUCUUUUGAAGGGACAAGCUAAUAGCACUUUAAUUUUGAUAAGCCAUUUCCUUUUGUUAUUUUCUAGGAAGCUACUUUUUCAUGUUUUAAAAGUAUUUUGUUGUAAACUGAUAUAAUUAAAAAGGUACCAUGUCGGAAAAGACUAGGGAGACUGCCUGAUCAGGUGGGGUGGCUACCUAGGGUGCUGAGCUGAAGACCAUUGGAAAACUAAGUGUUGACAACCCUGAAAGCAUUAAGUGCUUGGUAAUAUACUUCCUAGACCAUUUUUUGUUAAACACAUAUACAUUAUCAUUACGUAACUUGUACAAAUGUGUGAUUUUUGUCCUCAUAGAAAUUUCAUUUUUAAAGAACAUGGCACCUCUGGGCCAACAACACAUAGAAAGAUGUUUUGGUGUCCCCUGUUGCUAAAAGCAAAACUUAAAAGAAAAGAAUAACAGAAAGAGAAGAGGUUCUUUGUUGUGUAUUGCUCACUCAAAGAAAUAGACUAUCUGGACUACAGAUAGACUACAUCUGCCAGGCAGAGGUGGUUGUCUUAAUUUUCCAAAUGGGAAGUAUGUAGGCAAGUUCUUAAGCUGAACUUUAGUCUGAAUGUAAGCUAUUAACAAAUGUGAAUUAUUGAUGUGUGAUGAAACAGAAUUAAUCAUAGGUUUAAAACUACAUCUUGUUCAGUAUCAGGAUUGUGUGUGCAACAAAUUGUAUUUUCUAAAAUCUAGAUAGUUGUUGUAUAGUGUUUUUUGACUGUUUCUAGACUAAACUGUACAUAAAAGUUCACUUUUUAAAGAGCCUAUUUUUAAAUAUAUCAUUUUACAGAAAAAUUAUCAUAGUGUUGUAUUUAUCUUUAUUUUCUUUUCAAUUGAACAGGACUAAACUUUAAUCCCAGCUGCAGUGUGAAAUCACACUGUGGGCAAUAUUUUAAAUAUUUUAUUUUGCCAAAAAUUGAUGCUUGAAGAGGGAGGUAUAAUAAAAUUUACCCAUUGAUUUCUAUGAAGGUCGUGACAAACCAUCACAUUUUAUAAGUUGAGGAAGCUCCCUUACUGUGCCAGAUAUAUUUGAGGUUUUAAAUAAUGAUGUUACACUGCUGUUAUUAACAGUAAGUAUUGCUUUAUAAUAAUUAAAAGAUGAGAGGCUGAAAUUUGAGCCCCUUUGGUUAGUUUCAUCACCCUUCAAAUUUUAAAAUUGUAUCUUUUAAUACAAAGUGGGGGAAGUACGAUGGAGUGAAUUGUGCUGCUGUAAGAAUUGGUAGGCCAAGAAGAAAAACAGUCUCUGAAUGGUGAAACUUAAAUUACCCAAAGUAAGAAUAUGAACUAUCUAAAAUACACCCUAAAAUUUAAAAGAUUCUACUAGAGAUUGGGAAAAAACUGAAAAAGAAGUCAUGAAUGAUCAUUUUUGAAUUUAGCCUCUAGGAAAUAAAUUCCUAGACUCAGGAGUUAGUUCCUCUUUAGUAUAUCAAGAUUUAAUAUUUAACAUUACAAAAAUUUUUUUUCAUUGAUCCCAAAAUUAUUUUAAAUUUUAGCAUAUUAUAAUAGAUUAAUAUGCCUUUCCCUCAGCAGUCUUGUGAGGUAAAUGAUGCAACUAAUAUGCAAAGUAUUCAGACAUCUUAUGUGGACAUUUAACUAUAAAAUUGUUAUAAACCAAUCCUCAAAUACAAAGAUUUUUUAGCAUACUAUAUUGUUUAUAUAUAAUAUAUUCCAUACCUAAAAAUUACAAAAUUGUAUUUCUUGGUUGGGGGAAAGAGUCUUAUCAGCCUGCUCUCUUCCCAUUAUUCCAAAACUCAUUUGACUGGCUACUGAUAAAAGUGAAAAUAACAGAAAACUAUAAAAUUAAUCAUAGGCAAAAUAUUUACAAGAAUGCCAGUAAAACUUAGUUUUCAAUGAUCGAUCUUAACUGCAAAACAGAGCCAAAAUGGUAGAGUAGCAGGAAGCAAUAUAGUGACCUCUUCUUUAAACAAAACUAGAAUAUGCACCGGACUAAAUCCCAAAGGGAAAAUCCAAGAAAAAGUUACACUUAAAUCAUUUUUCCAGCCCAGGUCUGCAAAGGGAAAUAAGUCUGUAGAUCUUGGGGAUAGGGUCUAGCCAGGAGAGCGCUCUGCUACUCAGGGAGAGACUGUGUACCAGGGCACCAGAGAAUGAAAGAGCAGGUGCUGACAGCUUUGUUCACUACUUCAUUCUGGAUUACAGAUCCAGAGUGGACUAAGUGAGAACCUGUCCCCUGAUAAGAGUGUUCAGGAGUAGGGAAGAGCUACAAGCCCUAGACUGAGAGGAACAGAAUCAGAAGCAAACACCAGAAAUGUAAUUGACCUGAGGGACAGAAUUAAUUCUCAAUUCCAACUUCUACCUCAAUUUGAAACCUGCAGAAGAAUAAUAAGACCAAGGCAGGAAGCCCAGACCAAAAGGGAAUCUACCUCUGUGCCUCGAAGCCAGAACUAGAAGGCUGCUAGUGAUUGAAUGCAGAAGCAUCUACUGUUGGGUAGACCCACACCUAGGUCAGGAACUUGAAAAGCUAAGACCACGUAGACAAUGAUUAGACUUUGCCCUGGAUCAUACCACUUUGGGAGUGUUGGAUUCUUGUAGGAUGGUUUGAGCUGUCUCCGAGAUCUUAGAAUAAUACAACAUGUAAUAUCCAAAGAUAACAGCAAUAGGACCAGUUCAGACCUUCCCUACAUAAGUAUGCAGAGUCUGGCCUUAAUAUCAAGUUAAAAAGCAAGAAGUAGUCUAGAUGACUAAGAAUGGAAAAAAAAAAACACCCAAAAAGGCUAUUGUGAUGAAGGGGGUGGGAGAAGGGAAGAAUUAUUAAUAAACACUAUGGGCCACAUACUGUGCUAAGAACUUUAUAAAUUUCACUUCAUUUGAUCAGGGAUUCUCAAGACACAAAAAAGAUGAAAAUGAUUCCAAAACAUCUACAAGCAAAACUUCAAAAAACAAACAAACCAUAGCUUGAGCACAAAUUCAACUAUAGUUUCUGAAAUAGAUGAAGCCAAGAGCUUAAUUUUUUUUUUAAUCAAUUAAAUGAGAAUGCUAGCUUCCCUAGGAGGAAUAGAAAAUAAGAGCUAUGGAAGAAACAAUUGGAAAGAAAUUUAGAAGUUGGCACAAGAUAUAUAGAACUUUGCCCAAGGAACAAACUUCCUGAGAACUAGAAUGGACUAAAUUGAAACCAGUCAAUCAGUGAAACAGUAAGGGAUAUGAAAAUAAAGUCAAAAGACUAAAAAAGAAAAAAAUUCAAAACAAACAAUUGAUUUAGAAAACAAAGAAGAAACUUAAGAUACAUUGUGCUAUCUUUUAAGAAAUCUUAAAACUUCUCAUAUUUCUUAGGACCAGAGAAUAAGUUACAAUUAGAAUCCAUUGGUUGCCUGAAAGAAACCCCUAAAAUGAAAACUUCCAGAAAUAAAACCAAAACUCAGGGUUUCUACAUCAAAGUUAAAAAAAAAAAAAAAAA